GUGUGUGUUUUUUUUAAAGUGACCACUGUCGUGUUCGCUGAGUUGGUACAGUCCAAUGUCCUCUGCCUGCUGAAUGAGGAGCUGAAGGCCACGGCUCGGUGUAAACAUCAGGAACCAUGGUUAACUUUGUAGCACUUGCUCGCGAGCACUGGGUGAACAUCUUGGUGCCCAUGGGCUUUGUGAUCGGAUGGUACUUCGACAGACAGCAGGACCAGAAGCUGACAGCUUUCAGGAACAAAAGUGCUUUGUUCAGCAGGGAGCUGAAGCCUGGUGAGGAGGUGACCUGGAAGUAGACUACAUCGACCUGUGGUGUGACUGACCGAUGGGUGGCCCUCAAAUCAGAAUAUUUAAGACCUCUGCAUCUCUGUUUCCUAUCAUCUUUAAUAUUUUGAGUUGUAUCAACCGACAAUAAACAUGCCCUUUCUCAUCAAAAUCA